AUGCCUCCAGCCAAUCCCCAUCCCCGCCGUCGCCAUGGCAACGGACGGCACUGUCGCUUCCGAGGAAGACGGGGCACGUGCCCGUUUCGUCUCGUCUGGCCGAAUCCGGGGAUGGAGAAGAGAGGGAACAGGAAGCAGAAUUUGCUGCAAUCCAUCGCUCGAUCUGGGCAUCUGAGUUCGGGGGAGCUGUCGGCCUUGGCCGAAUUAUUCGAGACGCUGUCCACGUCGGACAAGACGGGUGAGGCUGGUCUGGACAUCACGACGUUUCGGGAUCUCAUGCACAGCUCCUUCGACAUCGACUCCGAGAUCAUCAUGGACCGGAUCUUCCGCGCCUUCAACCGGCGCGGCUCCGAGAACCGGCUGAACCUGGAGGACUUCCUCGACGGCCUCAAGAUUUUUCUCAAAGGGAUGCCGCAGGAGAAGCUCAUGUACUGCUUCAACGUGUAUGACCUGAACGGGGACGGGUGGAUCACCAGGGACGAGAUGCUGCAUUUCCUCAAGGACUGCCUGGUGAAGUCGUCGCCGGACGAGGACACAGAGGAGGGGGUCAAGGAGCUCGUCGAGCUGGUGAUCCGGAAGGUGGACCGAGACGGCGACGGAAAGGUGUCGCUUCGGGACUUCGCCUCGGCCGUCCACGACGACCCGCUCCUCCUCGAGUUCCUGGGCCAGUGCCUGCCCGACCCCAAGGUAACUUCCCUUCCCUUCCGUCCGAUGACGUCACCUUUCCCGGUCCCUCUAACGGGGAAACGACGAGACGUUUCGUUGCUCGACGGCGCGUGUAGGCCAUAA